UCGGGCCCCGCGGGCUGAGGUGCGGGCUGGGGUCGGAGGGCGGCAUCGGGGUUGCUGGCAGGUGGUCUGUAGUACAGACAGUUUGGCUGCGUUUCGCCACAAAGUCGCGCUCCUUGGGGCAGCGUGCAGACAGCUCAGCAGUAUUUCCUCUGAACAUCUGUAGAAGAGUAAAAGGAUUUGAAAACUGCAUUCUAGAGAAAUUUGGGUAGUUUCUGUUACACGGAGCAAUGCUGAAAUUUCAAGAAACUGCUAAGCAUGUCAGCGUUUCCAGUUCUAAUUCUGCUUGCUCAGAUGCUGCUAUCGCAAGGAGAUACACUAUUCAGAGGAAACUUGGCAACGGGAGCUUUGGAAGCGUGUAUCUGGUUUCUGAUAAGAAAGCAAAACAAGGAGAUGAAUUAAAGGUUCUGAAGGAAAUCUCUAUUGGAGACCUGAAGCCUAAUGAAACAGUUGAAGCAAAUCUGGAAGCACAACUACUCUCCAAAUUAGACCAUCCAGCCAUUGUCAAAUUUUAUGCAAGCUUUGUGGAGCGAGAUAGUUUCUGCAUUAUCACUGAGUACUGUGAGGGUGGAGAUCUAGACUAUAAAAUUCAAGAGUACAAAGAAUCUGGGAAAUUAUUCACACAAAGACAAAUAAUAGAGUGGUUUAUACAGUUGUUACUUGGAGUCAACUAUAUGCAUGAAAGGCGUAUACUUCACAGAGAUUUGAAAACCAAGAACAUAUUUUUGAAAAAUAAUCUUCUUAAAAUUGGAGACUUUGGAGUUUCUUGUCUUUUGAUGGGUUCCUGUGAUCUAGCAACAACAUUUACUGGGACGCCAUACUACAUGAGUCCAGAGGCACUGAAACACCAAGGAUAUAACAUGAAAUCUGAUAUUUGGUCUCUGGGAUGCAUUUUAUAUGAGAUGUGCUGCAUGAACCAUGCAUUUUCUGGACACAAUUUUUUGUCUGUUGUGCUAAAAAUUGUAGAAGGUGAUACACCUUCUCUUCCUGAUAGAUAUCCAAGCAAUCUGAAUGCUGUGCUGAGCAGCAUGUUAAAUAAGAAUCCUUCACUGAGACCAGCAGCAGGAGAGAUCCUAAAAAUCCCUUAUAUUGAUGAGCAGCUAAAGAAUAUACAGUACAAUUUCACAUGUAUGACUGCAAAAGACAAGGGGCUUAACUGGCAGAAAGGAGGUGCUCCCAUUUCUGAUGCUGUGCUGAGGAAAGUUCAUUUGCGAACUCUACAGCAACUGUCUGAAGUACAGAAAAUGACACCACGGGAACGGAUGAGGCUGAGGAAGUUAAAUGCUGCAGAUGAGAAAGCCAAGAAGUUGAAACAACUGGCAGAAGAAAAAUAUCAAGAGAAUGUCAGAAGAAUGCAAGAAUUCAGAUCCUAUAAUUUUCAGAAGCUGAAUGUCAAUGUCCUACAUGAAUCCAACGACCAGAUUUCAGAACCUCUAACUGAUUCUCAGCGGGUCAUGAUGUGUGACUCCAUGUCCAUAGGAUGUGAUGAACCAAAUGGAAAUGAGAGAUUGAGUCAAUUUAUGGACCGUGAGAUCCCUGAAGACCCGCAAAUUGCAGAAGAAUAUUAUAAUGAAGAGUUUGAAUCCUAUUCAGAAGACAGCGAAACAGAGGAUGUGGAAGUGUCACAGACUGUAUCUAAGACAAAUCAGGACAGUGAUAUUGAAGCAGUGGUCAAGCAUUUGGAGAGCAUCCUAAAUAGCUCAUUGGGUUCGGCAACUGUCACCAGCAUGGCUCCAGGGGUACUCCAGGGAUUCAGAACCCUCAACAACACUAUAGCUGAGACCAAGUUGAACCGCAUGAGGGAAUCUGCCAUCCAGAAGCUGGGAGGAGAGGUAUUUGAGAAGGUAUACACCUAUCUGAAGCAGGCGAGACAGCAGAAAGCCAGUGAGGAGGAGAUAACGAGACACCUGGAGAAACUGGUUCCUAGAGCAAGUGAUUGCUUUGAGGUGGAUCAGCUCCUCUACUUUGAGGAGCAGCUGCAAGAUUCAGAGUCAUAUCUUCAGCUGUGAAAUGUGCUGGUAACAGUACAGGAAAUAAUGAACAAGACUGACAGUGCUGAGCUGCCUGUUCAGGCCAGCCAGCAAAUCCUGGAGGAGUCUAGAGGAAACUGCUGAGGGUAACUCAGAACAUAAACAGGUAGGCAAACUCUUGGAGAGUCUAGUCUGUGCAGUGAGCAGUGGGUAAGUACAGUACAGAUUACAAGGGUAGGAAGGAAAACUUAGAGAGUAGAGGGGAGAGUUCAUAAUUAUCGGUGUUCCCUUCACUGCUUAGGGCAUAACACUAGUCAGUGUCACUGGCAAAGCUGCCUCUGAAGGCAGUGGUGUAGGAUUAGGCUCCAGCUGUUGUUUAUUCCUGCACUGACUGGCCCUUGUGGCAUUUAAGCACAUCUGUUUUGUACUAUGACAGAAUACAAAUGUGUAUGGCUAUUCAGCCACAAAUUGUCUUGUUACCAUUCAUUGUCUAAAAACGUUAUUUAAUCCGUGUGUCUUUCAAAGGAACUGUGAAAAUAUAGAUCAUAGAAUCAGGGAAUGGCUUGGUUGGAAAGAACCUUAAAGGUCAUAAGCUCCAACCCCUGCCAUGGGCAUG